UCAGACAGCAUCCGGAAGUCGCACGAUACUUCUCAAUCAUCAGCUACUUCUUACUCUCGGUGCCUUUAAAAGUAAGGAAUGUUUCUAUUCAUGAAUAAGAUUCAUAUAAAUAUUAAGAUAAUUCACUGACAACUGCAACAUUAACCGAAUGAUCUUAGGCCCGUGCCAAUGAACAUCCUAGUAAUAGCAGCGAGUGUGAACCGCAUUUUCACUGAACCUGUCAUUUUCUAAGGCAUAUCCGCUGUAAAGUGCAGUUAAAGUUGUAGCUAGUAGACAAAGGUGAGUCUAACAUACUUAUCCUAUAGGCAAACCAGAUACACGUUCAAAUAAUCAACCAGUGACUACUAUUCGUCCCCUCAAAAGUUUGUCAAGGUCACAAGUAUCCUAUUCCUACCACACACUUUAAUUAUUUAACUCUAGAGAUUCAUGGCAUGGCUCCUCUCAUUGACAUUUAAAGAUGCUCCGCCAUUUCCUGGUUGUUAAAAUUCUAAUAGUUCGCCUAAUUUCAGUGUGUGACAUAACAAACAAGUAUAGGGUAGAUAAUCAAUGUUCUAUCUAAACCGCUGUGAAAUAUCUUGUCCAUAACCCAAAAUAGUGUAUUUUCAGCUGUUUGAAGCUGGUGUGCAAAUGAUGCAAAAACGAAACUUAAGAAUGAGAAGCAUAGAAAUAACACACAAAACAGUUCUACCACUUCUUAGACUUGCUUUCAAUGAGAAUGACAGAUCUAUAAGUCACAUUUCUAUGUGAAUUUAGUUUGGUCACCCAAAAAGUUACAUUUUGCAGCUUUAAACCAAAUGACACACUUGGCAAUGCAUGUUAGGUUUCACAUUCCUUUUCAAUGUCAUUUUUGUCUUGUAAGUUGAUGUUCCCCCCCUCUCCCCGGCCAACCAAGCAUGGCAGACCCCGGGACCCUCACUGCAGAAGGGAAGCUGUCUGAAGAGUUUGCUGUUCCCUCCCAUGUAGAGGAGGUCAAAGGGCAGAUGGCAGCUUUUGCUGUGCAGCACAGGGCUGCAGGGCACAGGGUGGUGCUUAUCACCUCAGGAGGCACCAAAGUCCCCCUGGAGUCUCGCACUGUGCGCUUCCUGGAUAACUUCAGCAGUGGCCGGCGCGGAGCCUCCUCGGCAGAGUACUUCCUAGAGUCAGGCUAUGCUGUGAUCUUCCUGCACAGACACCGUUCCUUAUAUCCUUUCACACGCCUCUACUCUGGGAUUAAUCUGCUGGACAGCCUGCAGCUGGAGAGUGGAAAGGUCGGUUCGGUCUCUGACCAAGUCGUGGUCAACCAGCAGGCACUUCCCAACAUUGCCAAAGUCUUGAUGCGUUACCAGGCGGUGAAAGAGGCAGGGCUUCUUCUGCCUGUGGAGUUCAGCACCCUGUCUGAGUACCUGCACCUCCUCAAAGCAGCAGCACAGGCACUCAGCCCCAUAGGUAGGUACUGACGCUCAACUAGAAGUAGCAGGGCUUAUUAAGAUGUACAGUACCUGCAUGUGCUGGGAUAACUAACAUGCGCUCUGUGUUCAUUCCCCUCAGGGUCCAAUGCCAUGUUUUAUUUGGCUGCAGCAGUGUCGGAUUUCUAUAUCCCAGCAUCUGACAUGCCAGAGCACAAGAUCCAGUCUUCCAAUGGACCACUUCAGGUGAGUAAAGAAAGCCAUCAAAUACAAAAGCACAUGAUCUUUAUUAGAGAUCCACUGUUAAGUCAAGCCUCUUUUCUGUCCUAUAGAUCAGUAUGAAGAUGGUCCCCAAGAUGUUGUCGCCACUGGUGAAGGACUGGGCUCCACAGGCAUUUGUGAUUUCCUUCAAGCUGGAGACAGACCCGUCCAUCCUGCUGGACAGAGCGCGGCGGGCCCUGGACACCUACCGGCACCAGGCUGUGGUAGCCAAUGUACUGGACACCAGACGAGGUUACGUAGUGGUGGUGACCCCUGACACUCAGGCCGAGCUGGUACUCACAGAUGAGGAAGCAAGCAGAGAUGUAGAGAUUGAGGACAGGAUUGUCAGUAAUCUGACUGCAGCUCACAGCCAAUUCAUAACCCAACAAGGCUGAGACCCCAGUUAACCAUGCUAAGGCUGUCUCCGACUAAAUAUAAUCUUUGUUGACCCAAAGUUGUCUGUUCUUUCGACCAGUCAAUUGUGUAUUUUUCCAUAAAUACAGUACCAGUCAAAAGUUUGGACACACCUACU